AUGAGUCUUCUGCGGUCCUGCCUCCUGGUGGCUGCUGUAGGUGUCCUAGGCACCGCAACUCCUCAUCCCAGGACCCCCUCUCUGCAUCGUCUCACCAGGCAGCUCUUACAGCAGUAUCACAAGGAUGUCAGACCAGUUCGCAACUGGGCUGAGGCCACCACUGUCUACCUGGACCUAUGUGUCCAUGCUGUAUUGGAUGUGGACGUACAGAAUCAAAAAUUAAAGACAAGCGUGUGGUACCAAGAGGUUUGGAAUGAUAAGUUUUUAUCCUGGAAUUCUAGCCUGUUUGAUGACAUUCAAGAAAUCUCUCUCCCUCUCAGCGCCAUCUGGGCUCCUGACAUCAUCAUCAAUGAGUUUGUGGACCUUGAAAGAUCUCCCGACCUUCCCUAUGUAUAUGUGAACUCUUCUGGAACCAUUAGUAACCACAAGCCCAUCCAGGUGGCCUCGGCAUGCAGUUUACAGACAUACGCCUUUCCCUUUGACAUCCAGAACUGCAGCCUCACCUUCCACAGCAUUCUGCACACAGUGGAAGACAUAGACCUGGGCUUCCUGAGGACUAAGGAAGACAUCGAGAAUGACAAAAGGUCAUUUCUGAAUGACAGUGAGUGGCAACUGCUCUCAGUGUCCUCCACCUACCGCACCCUGAGGAACAGCGCUGGAAACUUCGCACAAAUUCAAUUUAACGUGGUGAUUCGCAGAUAUCCAUUGGCCUAUGUCGUGAGCCUCUUGAUUCCUAGCAUCUUCCUGAUGCUCGUAGACCUGGGGAGCUUCUACCUGCCUCCCAACUGCCAUGCAAGAAUUAUAUUCAAGACCAAUGUGCUGGUGGGCUACACAGUCUUCAGGGUCAACAUGUCUGACGAGGUGCCCAGGAGCACGGGGUGCACGUCUCUGAUUGGGGUCUUCUUUACCGUCUGCAUGGCCCUCUUGGUUCUCAGCUUAUCCAAGUCCAUCUUGUUGAUCAAAUUCCUCCACGAGGAGCGACACAGUGGGCAAGAACGGCCUCUUCUUUGCCUUCGAGGAGACUCUGACACGGAUGAGUCUAGAUCGCACCCUUGGGCUCCAAGUGCUGAGACAACAGAGUCCCCUGUCCACCAGGAGCACCUGGUUCAGUCAGAUGCUCUGCAGGAAGUCUGGCUCCAGCUCCAAUCCAUCAACAACUCUCUCCGAACUCGGGAUCAGGUUUACCAGAAGGAGGUGGAGUGGCUGGCCAUCCUGUACCACUUCGAUCAGCUGCUCUUCCGAAUCUACCUUGCUGUGCUGGGGCUCUACACUGUCACCUUGUGCACUCUCUGGGCACUGUGGAGCAGAAUGUAACACUGGAGAUUGCUGGUGUCACUUGAUGUGGGGGUCACAGCACUUAGGGAAAGCUUAACAGUGCUUGAAGAGGGAUUGAAGGGGAAAGAGUGGGUAGGCUUAAAACAUUUCUCUCGGACUCCAUUGUCUCUUUUCAGUGACUACACAGAUGAGCAUCUUAAUUGGUUAUUGACUGAACCAGUAAACAUAUAUGUUCAUAAUAAAGAUGUAUAAACAGAAUAGAGUAUACAGUAACAAGCAAGCCUUUACCUUUCCUGAGCCACCAUCAGCAACCAUAUAUACUCAGGCUUAAGCAAAAAAAAUUAGUUCUAGAUUUUGAAGCAGGAUCUCUUGUAUCUCGGCUAAGCUUGAAAACUAGGCAACCAAGGAUGACCUUGAACCCUUGGUACUCCUGCCUCUACCUUCCAAAUGCUGAGAUUGUAAGUACUGUGCCACCAUGCCCAGCUCCAUUUGAUAUAAUCUGCUUUAACAGCCCAUAUGUUUUGAGCCCUGCUCAAAACAACUUAAUUCCUCUGGGAUCAUCAAUCUAUGGCUCUGCUUCCUCAAUUCUGUCUUUGGUCUCAUAUUACAUUAUAUCCUUCCCCUUUAAUGCAUGUGUAAAUGUGAGGAGGAAAAGGGAUAGACAGACAGAUGACAGACAGACAGAGAUUACCCAAUAGCCCACAUGCUUUUAGACCUGACGCUGAGACUGGUUCUAUCACUAUUCACCCAGGAGACCUUAAACUUCACUUCUCCCACUUCAGUUUGCCUUAUUUAAAGUAGGGGCUGUUAAUAUUUACUCUCUCCAUAUCAUAGAAUUAUAAAAGCAAAGCAACUCAACAGCAUUUUGAAAAGUAAAUAACAGAUGACAAAAAUAAAUCUGA